CCCCUCUCGCCAUUCUUUAAUGUGAAAGCUUAUGAAGAAUGCGCAUAAAGAAACCCACCUACGUUGAAGCUGCACGUUCGCACAGUGUGUUAUUUCGGUGUGCAAAGACAACCCUUAGAGGCACGGGCGCAAUAAUCAAUUUGAAUAUUGUGAAGUACUCAUUCAUAAUGGUAUUCAUAGUAUUAAUUGGAAUUUUCAUCGGCGUCUUGACCUGUGUAUAUAUUUAUUUUAAAUACGUAGUAUUCAAUUUCUGGCGUAACUUAGGUGUUUUUUUCCCGGAACCUGUUGUGCCAAUUGGAAAUGUAGCAGCAAUCGUUGCUAGAAAAGUACCAGUAGGUAUAUUUUUUCAAGAUAUGUACAUGAAAUAUAAACAUCAUGGCGCCUUUGGAUUAUAUACAUUUUUUAAACCAAAUUUGGUGAUCACCGAUCUUGAGCUUAUUCGGACCGUGUUGAUAAAAAAUUUUCACAAUUUUCACGAUCGUGGAUUCUAUUGCAACGAAAAAAUUGAUCCAUUAACUGGCCAUUUGUUUCUGCUGUCUGGACAAAAAUGGAAAAAUAUGCGUGCCAAGCUAACACCCACAUUUACUCCGGUUAAAAUAGGGCAGAUGUUUGAGAUCGCAAAGAAAAUUGGCAACAACUUUGCAAUUUAUCUGGAGAAUAAAGCACAGAUGAAAGAAUCUAUAGAAAUGAAGGAUAUGUUUUCAAGGUAUACAACUGAUGUUAUAAUGGCCACUGCUUUUGGUAUCAACUCCAACUGCAUUAACGAACCAAACAACAAGUUUCGAAUUUAUGGAAAAAAAAUUUUGAAAGUAAACUCAAUUUGGGUUGCCAUUUUUAUGUUUGCUCCGCAAAUUAUGAAUUUUUUUUCCAUUCCCAUUACGCAUCGAAGCGUCACCAAAUUCUACAUGAAGAUGUUUCGAGAAAUUGUGGAAUAUCGUCAAAAUAAUAAAAUUAUCAACAACGACUUUGUAGAUUUAUUAAUGGAGUUAAUGGAGAAUAGCCACAAUGACAACAAGCCCGAUAAAGCAAUUAAACUUACAAUGGUAGAAGCAACAGCGCAAAGUUUUGCGUUCUUUGUAGCUGGAUUUGAAACCUCAUCCGCUACAGCAUCAUAUACUUUAUUCGAAUUAGCACAAAAUCAAAAUAUACAAGAUAAACUUUGCGAUGAAAUUGAUCAAGUAUUAAAAAAAUAUGGUGAUUUGACUUACGAAGCUUUAAAAAAUAUGACAUAUUUACAUCAAGUGAUACAAGAAAGUAUGCGAAAAUAUCCAUCUGUUCCUGUCUUAAACCGAAUCUGUACGGAAGAAAUAGAUUUACCGAUAACAGACAUCGACGUAUGUAUUCCAAAGGGAACAUUAAUAACGAUACCAGUUCUUGGUAUACACAGAGAUCCGACGAUAUAUCCAGAUCCGGAUAAAUUUGAUCCGGAAAGAUUCUGUGAAGACGAAAACAAAAAAAGGCAUUCGUGUGCGUUUUUAUCAUUCGGGGAAGGCAAACGAAAGUGCAUUGGUGCGCAAUUUGGCUUAAUGCAAACAAAAGUUGGACUGGUGUGUCUUUUAUCAAAUUAUAAAUUUAAACUUCACCCUCGAUCUAAAAAGGCAUUUAUUUUCAGCGAAAAAUGUAUUGGACUUGGAGUGAAAGGUGGCAUAUAUUUUAUUAUUGAGCCACGGAAGUAAGAGUUUCUUUAUGUAGCUCUAUGUAACUCUAUCUAUCUUUGUCUUAUGAUGUGUUUGUGUUUUGUAAUAGUACAUUUAUAUCUUCUUAUAACUAAUUACUUUUUGUAUAACGUCUAUAUAGUUCCAAUGUUUAAAUUCUAUGUAUUAAAGCACCACAUACUUAUAUAAAUAAUGUAGCUGUUGUAUUCUUGCAAAGAAAACAGGUUUGAUGUGUAAAAAGGAAAUGCCGAUACUAAUACUGCGUUUAAUACUCGUAUUUCUAAGGGCGGUAUUCAUAAAUGCUUUUUAUAUUUAAGAUUUUUUCAAGUUCGAUCCAUCAGACUUGCCAGCGAUGCGUGUCGCGUAUAUGACUUUACUCAAGAUUGAAUUACUAUAGCUCCCAAGACUAAUUUAGGCUAUUGUCUAGGAGCGACAAAUUUAGAAAGGCGGUAUUUGUAAAACUACUUUUUUUUAACUUAUCUUGUAGUAAUUGACACAAUCAACUAAAAUUUUUUAAAUAAAACAAAAUUUAUAUUAACUUUGGGUCAAACCUGACAUUGGCAACAUGUUACUAUAUUAUUAAAAUAUUUUAAUAAAACUAAAAUUUAAAAUUUAAAUUACGUACUUUUAUUUAUACGUGGUCUACAUGUUUUAACAUUUUAACAUUUAUAAUUAUAAUUAAUCUUUGCAUUCUUUUACAUAAAAUAAUGUAAGAAGAAAGCAGCAUCUGCAGAAUAUAAAAUUUGAUAAAUUUGAUAAUUCACACUUGAGGCUUGAAUAAAGGCGGUAAAGAUUUAAUAGAGAUGUCUAGGGGCGACAUAAGUCUUAAUUCGGCUCUGACUUUACUGAAAAUUUUAUAUUAAUAAGUUCUGUACACUAUUGCUCUUCAAUUGCCUGUGAAACAAUUUCCUUUCAGUUGCCUUUAGGUUGCUUUGUAUAUACGAAGGGCACCUUCAUUAUCAUACCCUUGGAUGCCCCCGUGCCUCGCGCAAGGUGUCCGGGUGGCGGGUCUUGGAGGGGGAGAAGACUCUAUCGGAUCACCGAUACAUUCGAUUCGAGGUCUCCGACUCCUCCGACGGCCGCCAGCGACAAGCUCAAGAGCAAACCGCUGAUGGCGACGGGGAGGGCCGACGCCGUGCCGCUGGGCCGUCAGGAAGCUCAAUGUUGACUUCUUGAUGGCCGCGGCUGAGUCAGUGGCCUGGUCAGGCAUUUUGACCACACCCAUGGCCGACGUGGAUGAGGGAGCGGCUGCGGGGUGCGCUCACAGACAUCUGUGAUGCCGCAAUGCCCCGUAUCCGAAACCCCCCCCCCCCCCAAGAAGUGGGU